UUAAUUUUCAGAAAAGCAUGGCACUGGUAGGAAGAGACAUGAAGAUGGACAGGGCCUGUGCGUAGGCAAGCAGAGGCUGGGAAGACCAGGACACUAAGUGGACCCAGGAGUAAUGGGGAACCCAUUCACAUGAGGCUUUUAGGGACUGCUUUGGGAGAGACCCUACAGCUACUUGUAGCUACACAGAAGGACCCCUACCUUCUCUGAGCUCCUCUUUAUUAGGGGAUGGGGAGACUCCAAGAAUUGAGAGGAGAAGUUUUAUCCAAGUAUGAAAACCAAAUUACUAUUUUUGCUGACUACCUAGAAGAAUUUCCAGAUACAGAUGACCUGGUAUGGAUCUUGGGGAAACAGCACCUCCUUAAAACAGAAAAAUCUAAGCUGUUGUCUGAUAUAAGUGCUCGUCUAUGGUUUACAUACAGAAGGAAAUUUUCACCAAUUGGAGGAACGGGCCCUUCAUCAGAUGCUGGCUGGGGAUGUAUGCUACGCUGUGGACAGAUGAUGCUGGCUCAAGCCCUUAUCUGCAGACACUUGGGAAGGGACUGGAACUGGGAGAAACAAAAAGAACAACCCAAAGAAUACCAGCGGAUCCUACAGUGCUUCUUAGAUAGAAAAGACUGUUGCUACUCUAUCCAUCAAAUGGCGCAAAUGGGUGUAGGAGAAGGAAAGUCAAUUGGCGAAUGGUUUGGACCAAAUACAGUUGCACAGGUGUUAAAAAAACUUGCUUUAUUUGACGAAUGGAAUUCCUUGGCUGUUUAUGUUUCAAUGGAUAACACAGUGGUCAUUGAAGAUAUCAAAAAAAUGUGCCGUGUCCUUCCCUUGAGAACUGAUACAGAUGGUGAGAGUCCCCCUGAUUCUCUGAAUGCUUCGAACCACAGUAAGGCCACCUCUGCCUGCUGCCCAGCCUGGAAAUCCCUGCUGCUCAUUGUGCCCCUCCGCCUGGGCAUAAACCAAAUCAAUCCUGUCUAUAUUGAUGCAUUCAAAGAGUGUUUUAAGAUGCCACAGUCUUUAGGGGCAUUAGGAGGAAAACCAAAUAACGCCUAUUAUUUCAUAGGAUUCUUAGGUGAUGAGCUCAUUUUCCUGGACCCUCACACAACCCAGACCUUUGUUGACACUGAAGAGGAUGGAACCGUUGAUGAUCAGACUUUCCAUUGUCUGCAGUCGCCACAACGAAUGAAUAUUCUGAACUUGGAUCCUUCCGUGGCAUUGGGAUUUUUCUGCAAAGAAGAAAAAGACUUUGAUAACUGGUGUAGCCUUGUUCAAAAGGAAAUUCUAAAGGAAAACUUAAGGAUGUUUGAAUUAGUUCAGAAACAUCCAUCGCACUGGCCUCCCUUUGUACCUCCAGCCAAACCAGAGGUAACAACCACUGGGGCAGAAUUCAUUGACUCUACUGAACAACUAGAGGAGUUUGACUUGGAGGAAGAUUUCGAGAUUCUGAGUGUAUAAAAUAGUAGGAACUCAACCUUAAGAUUUGUCUUCCAUCUGGCACCAGAAGAACAUGAACUCAUUACAUAAAACUUUUGUAGUCAGCAAGUGCCUGUUAUGCCAACAGCAUACAAACUUGAUAGCAAUCAAUCAUGACUGAGCCAAUCACCGCUUCUCAGAAAAAACGUUUAACAAUCCUCUCCCAGAAAGAACUAAAACAAUCAUGGGAUCUAGGAGCAGAAAGAUUAGGAGCCAUUCUUUGCUUCUCAGCUUGUCUUACUUGGCCAUAGUGACUCUGCCACUACUGAAAUGAGGAGGUGGACUUCUGGAAGAUAGACAGUAACUCCCACCUUGCUUCAAGCACCAGCAGAUGAGAAAUGGUUACCCGUGCUUCCGCACCCUUUUAGGUGUGACCUCUUUUGGGCUAAAUACUAAGAAGCAGUCUGUUCUUUUGCUCUAAUAAUAAAGUGAUUACACCAGGGA